ACAACUAACACGGUACAUUUCCGCUAUGGCGGAAACUUACUUGGUUGGACGGUGAAAGUGGAACUUGUACUGUUUGUGUUCACCAGGAAACAGAGUGAGGGAUAUUGAGGGGUUGGAAAGUCGGCGUGUGUAUCGAGGAACGCCGUGAGAUAUUGUAGCAGCAUCAAGAUGUCUGGGGAUGAGGAGGAAGUGUUGUUUGAUGACGUGUACGAAAUCUGUGAAACUAUUGGAAAGGGUCCCUACAGCGUGGUCAAACGAUGUGUACACAAAGACACAGGACAACAGUUUGCGGUCAAGAUCGUGGAUGUGGCCAAAUUCACGUCCAGCCCUGGCCUUGGGACAGAAGACCUGAAAAGGGAGGCGAGUAUAUGUCACAUGCUAAAACAACAACACAUUGUGGAGCUCCUGGAGACAUACAGCUCAGAAGGAAUGCUCUACAUGGUGUUUGAAUAUAUGGAUGGUGCUGACCUUUGUUUUGAGAUUGUGAAGAGAGCAUCGCUUGGCUUUGUGUACAGUGAAGCUGUGGCCAGCCACUACAUGAAGCAGAUUCUGGAAGCCAUGAGAUAUUGCCAUGCCAACGGGAUCAUCCAUCGAGACCUGAAGCCUCAUUGUGUCCUUCUAGCUAGCAAAGAAAACUCUGCCCCGGUCAAACUGGGUGGAUUUGGGAUUGCCACUCAGCUCCCCGAGUCAGGCCUUGUGUCAGGAGAAGACGAAAUCCACUUUGGCUUGGACCCUGUGGUUGACUUAAGAAAUGAUGUAGUUGGUCGUAUUGGAACGCCACAGUACAUGGCUCCAGAGGUUGUGAAACGGGAGGCAUACGGGAAGCCUGUGGAUGCGUGGGGCUGCGGAGUGAUGAUGUUUAUACUCCUAGGCGGUUAUCCCCCCUUUGUCGGCACCAAAGAACAUGUAUUCGAGAAGAUCGCACAGGGCAGCUAUCAUGUAAGAUCACAGACCACUUCUCUUGGAGACAUCAUGGAUAUGAGAAAACAAUGGUUACAAUUAUCUAAUUAUGCAAAAGAUUUAGUUCACAAAUUGUUGGAAACGGAUCCAGAGAAACGGAUUACGAUAGAAGAAGCAUUAAAUCAUCCAUGGAUCAGGGGGCGGGGACAAGUGCCAAAAUCACAUCUUCAUGACACUGUAGACGAAUUAAGAAAAUUUAAUGCCAGACGGAAAUUAAAGGGAGCUAUAAUGGCAGCAGUAUCCAGUUCUAAAUGGUUGUCAUUUUACAACGACCCACCUGACCUUAACGAGGAAAUAACUUCAACAGGAGCUGUGUCCCAAGUUCUCGACUCCCUGGAGGAAAUCCAGUGCCUCACAGACUGUAGUGACACUGAGACCGACCUUAUAGAAAAAGUAUUCCAAGAUACAAAACUACAUGCUCUACUAAACCUUUAUGACAAGAUAAACACACAAACGAUUAGUCCAGUACGUCCCCCGCCCUCAGACGCUGUAGAGAAAACGAAAGAGGUAUCUGCCCUGUUAACACAGUGUCCGGACCAAUAUGCAAGUCUUAGUAAAGAGCUUAGUCAGAUCAUCUCCAAGCCUCACAUCAUGGCUUUACUCCAAGCCCAUGAUGUCGUGGCUCACGAGGUGUAUGGAGAAGAUGCCGUCCGAGUCACCCCCCCACCAAUGCAGCCUUACCUUAAUGGGGACAGCCAACCUGACAGUCCUGAUACAGACGUGGAACCCUCCAACGUGACGCGUGUACGCCUGGUACAGUUCCAGAAAAACACAGAGGAACCCAUGGGAAUCACUCUAAAGUUGAAUGACCAGGGGCAGUGUCUCGUGGCCCGGAUCAUGCAUGGAGGAAUGAUCCAUCGACAGGGUACACUACACGUGGGAGAUGAGAUACGAGAGAUAAACAAUGUCAGCGUCAUCAACAAAACGGUGGAGGUUCUUCAGAGAAUGCUGAGGGAGCUGAGUGGAUCUGUGACCUUUAAGGUCAUACCGCAACCGUUGCUAAGUAUGUUUGGUGGCCAUGGCGACAAUAACAACCAUAACGAGAUUUAUGUGCGGGCCUUAUUUGAUUAUUGUCCAGAAGACGAUGACAUCAUUCCUUGUCGACAGGCAGGUGUGCCCUUCAAAUGUGGUGACAUCCUUCAGGUGAUAAACAAAGAUGACUCCAAUUGGUGGCAGGCUAGACGGGUGGGGCUCCCCACGACAGAGCCUGCAGGGCUUAUUCCAUCCCCUGAACUUCAGGAGUGGCGGACGACGUGUUCAGCGCGUGAAAAACGCCAGGACCAUGCAGUUCAUUGUUCCUGGUUUGGUCGAAAGAAAAAAGACAAAUAUCUUGCCAAGCACAAUGCCAUUUUUGACCAGCUAGACUUAGUUACAUAUGAAGAGGUUGUUCAGUUACCAGCAUUCCUCAGGAAAACUCUGGUUCUCCUAGGUGCCCAUGGGGUAGGACGGAGACAUAUAAAAAAUACACUCAUUACAAGCCACCCGGAGCGGUUUGCAUACCCCAUUCCUCAUACGACGCGGCCACCAAGGGACACUGAGACCAAUGGCAAAAAUUAUUACUUCGUUUCUCACGAGAAAAUGAUGCAAGACAUCGCAGCCAACCAAUACCUAGAGUACGGAACGCACGAGGAGGCAAUGUAUGGUACCAAACUGGAGACAAUUCGCAGUAUACAUGAUAAGGGCCUUAUGGGAAUUCUGGACGUAGAACCACAGGCGUUGAAAAUAUUACGAACUGCCGAGUAUGCCCCCUAUGUCGUUUUCAUAGCCGCCCCCCGAGCAUGUGACCUUCUGCCCGCCAAAUCCAAAGACAUCAACGAUGCCAGUCUAGAAAAGCUAGCUACAGAAAGUGAACUGCUUGAGAAAGCGUAUGGACAUUAUUUUGAUUUGAAAAUUGUGAACAAUGACAUCGAAGAAACCAUAAGAACUUUAGAACAAGCAAUAGAUGAGGUGUCUUCAACUCCACAGUGGGUACCUGUCAGCUGGGUGUACUGAUGGGUGGACAGCAGAUGCAGCUACAUUGUGGAGUAGCUAUGUGAACUAGAGCAUUGACAUAGCAGGUCAAAAUUAAUAUAAUGGCCUAUAACAUUUUCUGUGAUUUGUUAUAUAGAAAAAAAAACCACAAGGAAUCAACAUGAUAAAAUUAUCCAGACGGCGGUGCUCUUUUGAAAUUCCGUUUCCAUGGCAAUUCAGGGUUAUGUAUAGCUGUCUACGAGAUGAGAAUUUCUAGGUGAAGAUUGUGACGAAUUCUUGUGGAGUUGUGAUAUCUUGUACUAUUUCAGCCUCGAGGUUGCCCUGAAGAUGGAUGUACGUUGAUGGACAGCUCUUUACCGCUGAUAACACAUGAACGUCAAGAACACCCAGUCUUUGAAUAUGUAUAGCCUUUAGUUUCAGAAAUUGUCAAUUAAACUCUUUCUGAAGACCAUGCAGACAUUGAUUUAAUCUACAAAGUGGUUGUGUAAUAUUAUAAAGCUCUCAAUGUAGCAAUACAAUGUACUUUAACUUAAAAACAGGUUUGAGAUAAAAAAAAAAAAAAUAUGUACUGUUUACAAAAAGUUUUGAAAGUUAAUCUUCAUAAAGUGAUUAGUUGAUUUUAAAGCAAUAUUUCAUCAGCUUCUAAAGUAUCAUAAUGAAAUUUUCUUUCCAAAAAAAUAAAAAUAUGAACUGUUAUCCAUAGGAAAUCCCCUUAAUACCAAUUCAAAUAGGCCAAGACUAUAGAUUAUUGUGUCUAGCAAGGUCGUUAGGAAAUUAUUUCUUUGACAAUUAGUGUGUAGCUGUAAUAUGUGGAAGAUGCAUGAGUAGAAAAGGAGGCGAGUUUUCAAUGAAUAUUAAAAACUAAGUUGUUGAAUGGUUAGAAGAUGACCUACAAGCAUGCAUUUUUCCAAGUCUGAAAAGAGAUUUUUUAUAACUUUAUCAAAAGGACUUGUAGAGUUAUAUCUAUUAUCUUAUCACUGUAUAUAUAAACAUGUAGACAUACUAACACUUACAUGUACAAUGUAUCAUUGUCUAGUGCUCUCAUUUCCCAGGAUUCAUAUCAGUUUUGGUAUCACAAAUUAUUGAGUACAUCUAAAUUUUGUGUAACCCUGCAAUCCAUUGGAAACGUUCUAUGUCAGUUUCAUGUGCUCCAACAAACUAUCAGAUUGGCAAUAGAUUUUUCAGUGAUGUAUAUUUUGAGCCGUAAAUACAAAAUUUUGAAAUAAAAUGCACAAUAAAGGUAAUCGAAAUAUUAUAGGUGCAAUAUUAGUUAAAAGCAGUUUUGUCUCUGAAAUGUACAUGUCAAAAUUUUGAUGGAUUUUAGAGUUACCAAAUAGAUAUUCAAAAUUACCAGUUUCAUUAAGUCUUCUUAUUAGAAACACAAUUUUAGCGCUUUAUGGAAGUUAUAAUAGGUUAAUUUGUUGGUACAAAGGUGGAAAAAUUAUAUAUCUCGAAGGAAACAAAGUUAAAACUGACAUUAGCAUAAUCAUAAUUGAGAACAAAGGUUGUGAAAGCAAAAAAAAAUAAAAUGAUAAAAUAAGUUCUUCUUUAAAAUAUGUAUGUUUACAGUAUAAUUACUCUUUACUGUAUUUUUCCUCAAAUAAGCCGCCUCCACAUGUGUGAAUUGAAAGUUAAGUUUUAAAUUUGAAUUUGAGGAGUGCAUAUUUGUGAACUAUUUUAAGCUUAAUUUUUUAAAAUCUGCAAAAAGGAAGGGAGAUUAUUUGUUGGUAGGGUCUUAUUUGUGGAUAAAUAUAUAAUGGUAUGUAUAUAUAAUUAUAACUUAUAUACAUGAUGAAUAUAGGUAGGUUUGUAUAUAUAUAUAUACUUCUAAUUAUUGGGAUUAUACUCAAGUUUAGCCUAUACACAGACACUGGGUAGGCCUAACAAGAACUCCAUGUGAUGCCAACUUCGGCAGUAUUCAGCAUUUCUUGUCAAAAACAGAUUUAUCACAGAGUUGAAUUUAAUAGGAGCUCAGACUAUAUAUUAAUAUUAUACAGGAACUUCAGAUAUUUUAACAUGUUUUUUGCUGGACUUUUUCACAGAAAUUGGAAAAUAAUCAAAGAAAAAAAUCAUUUCAUCAUAUUGAUGUGUCAACUAAAGAAAGCUAAAAUUGGUGAUAUGUAUCAUGUAUUUUUCAGUUGCAGAGUUCUCUAAUUCUCCUGGAGGUAAUCAUCAUAAUUUCACAGUGAAAAUACCCAACAAUACUGGAGAAUCAAGUUUGUAAAGUCUCCUGGUUGUGUUUUUCAUAAUCAUUUCACAGUAAAAUACUAACAGUACAGGAGAAACAAGUUCUCUAACUCUCCUGGUUGUAUUUUCAUAAUCGUUUCACGGUGAAAUACUAACAGUACAGGAGAAACAAGUUCUCUAACUCUCACUGGUUUUUUUUUUUUUCAUCUACAGAGUUCUUUAACACUCCUGAUUGUGUUUUUCAUAAUCAAUUCACAGUGGAAAUAUCCAACAGUACAGGAGAAACAAGUUCUCUAACUCUCCUGGUUGAAUUUUCAUAAUCGUUUCACGGUGAAAUACUAACAGUACAGGAGAAACAAGUUCUCUAACUCUCACUGGUUGUGUUUUUCAUCUACAGAGUUCUUUAACACUCCUGAUUGUGUUUUUCAUAAUCAAUUCACAGUGGAAAUAUCCAACAGUACAGGAGAAACAAGUUCUGUAACUCUCCUGGUUGUAUUUUUUAGCUGCAGAGUUCUCUAACUCUCCUGGUUGUGUUUUUCAUAUUCAUUUCACAGUGAAAUACUAACAGUACAGGAGAAACAAGUUCUUUCACUCUUCUAGCUUUGUUUGUCAUGAUCAUUUCACCGUGAAAACAGUGCAGGAUAAACAAACCUGUUCAUUAACCUGGUUUUAAUCCUCGUGAUCAUUUCACCAGGGAAAAAUUAGGUCAAGAUUCCUUUGAUACUUAUCCAGUCAAAACACAUUAUCUUAGUAAAAACAUGUAUUGCAAUAAUGUUUCCAUUAUAAGAUUUUAAUUUGCACAUGAGAUUUGUCCUCAAGGGUCCAGGAUGAUGAAGAGGUCAUAUUUUUGUGUGAUUUGUUAAUGUACAGAAAUUUAGCCAUUUUUUUUUUUUUUUUUUUUGACACUCUUUAAAUUUACACACUUUUUGAUACAUCAAAAUAUUACUUCAACAAUAUUUAUUUCAGCAGAAUUGUAGAUGUAGCAUUCAUGAAGAAACUUACUACAUAUGAAGUGUACAUGUUUUAUGAAGUCAAUUUUUCUAUAAAGCCUAACAUCAGUUUAUGUAUGAAUAAGUCCCAAUUUUUUUUAUUUUUGAGGUCUUCCAAUAAAAAUGGAGCUUUAAUUAGAAUUUCAAAUUCUUCAUUAAUUGAAAUUAAAAUCAAAAUUGAUAUUGUGUGGUAUAUGUGAGUUUGUGAAAACUGAAGAAAAACUUGAAAACAUUUGCGGAGAAAAAUCUUAGGUACAUUACUUUGUCGCAAAAGAAACUGUAUUCUGCGUGAUUAUAUUUCCAGAUAUUAAAAGAGUUGUCACCGCUGGUAAAAAAGAAUGUAUGCAUGUAUAUAAUAAAUAUUGAUUUAAAAGAAUAUUUAAAUGGAAAAUAUAGAAAAUUACAAUAAAACUGCUGAUAAAAUGAA